CGCGUCUAAUCAUUUGACUAAUAAACUCAUCUUCUUUUCCGCGCUUUCAAAUCUCUUCUUCUUACAACCAAACCUUCCUUUCAUUUGCUUCAAACCCUAAAUUCAUAAAUAUUCCCAAAAUUCCCCUCUUCCUUCUUCACUCUCUUCUUCAACAAUGGCCUCUCAUCUCAACGGAGCUUACUACGGCCCUUCAAUUCCUCCUCCCUCCUCCAAGUCCUACCACCGCCCUGGCCGUGGCGACAGCGGCUGCGGCUGCUGCGGCUGUCUCGGAUGCCUCUGCAACUGCUGCUGCGGCUGUAUCCUCAACCUCAUCUGUCAAAUCAUCAUCACCCUCGUCAUCCUCCUCGGCAUUGUCGUCUUUCUCCUGUGGCUCAUCUUCCGUCCAAAUCUCCUCCAGUUCCACGCCACCGACGCCUCUCUCACGCAGUUCAAUUUCACCUCUCCUAACAAUAACAACCUCCAUUACAACCUCGCUCUGAAUAUCACCGUCAGAAAUCCGAAUCGGAGAAUCGGGAUCUACUACGACGUUAUUGAGGUUAAUGCGUUUUACGAAGAUCAGCGGUUCAGUACGGUGAAUUUGGGCCAGUUUUAUCAAGGGCAUAAGAACACCAGUGUACUGAGUCCGUCGUUCGUUGGACAGAAUAUUGUUCUGCUUGGUACGGAUGGAAUUUCGUCGUAUAAUUCUGAGAAGAGCUCGGGGAUUUUCAGUAUCGAUGUGAAAAUCAACUUGCGGAUUCGAUUCAAGUUCGGUUUAGUGAAAUUAGGACAUUAUAAACCGAAGAUCAGAUGUCCAUUGAAGGUUCCUUUGAGAUCUAACAGUACUUCUUCAAAUGGUGUGUUUGAAACCACUAAGUGCAGCUAUGAUUUGUAAUCGUUUUAGUCUUAGAUCUGAAUUUUCUAUCAUCUUCUUCUUUGCUUUUCUAAUUUUUUUUUCCUUUCUGGAUGUAUCUGCUGUGAUUAUUGAUUUUUCUAUUCGUAUCUGUUGUUAGUAAAAUCUGAAGGAUUCAAUUUUUUCUUUGAUUCAAGGUUGAAA